ACCACUGUGGCUGUUGUCAGGAAAACUAGAGGCAAAGGUGGAAGGAAGCCUUCCACCUCCCCAAGUCCUCAAGUCUCUACUUCCCUUUUUUUUGCAGUGCACACACCUUAGGAACAAACUCCAGAGAAACAUUAUAGGGUGUGAGGGAAGCCACGGUUCAGAAUCCAGGGAGAUGUGGAUCCAAUUAGAUCCUGGAAGCUCCUCCCAGGAAGUUGUCCCUACAGCUUCUUCUAUCAGUAAUGGGAAAACCUCACAAAGGUCAGCUGAGGUUUCCCCUCCCCCAUUUUCAGCACACUGCUUAUUUAACAGGGUCCUCCAAGAAUAUAAGGUCUGCACAAGAAUAUAACGUCUGUGCGAGUCAGUGACACAAAGCCAGACCAAACCAAUCUGAUCACUGUUCCGCCGAGAACCUAUGCACCCUCCUGCCUCUGCCACUCAGCAAGACCCUGUAGUACAGGCUACCACUUUCCCGGAAGAAAAUGAGAAAGGACAACAAAAACCGAGAGUGGCUGUGAGCUAAGUGAUCCCACCUUGAUGUACUGCGCUGCUCCAAGCCCAAAGCAACGAGGCCAGAAGAGACUGUGAACCAAGACAAGUCUUUCCUUUCCUUUCCUUAGCAUAUUUAUCCCAGUGUGGAAGGCUAGCUCUGGGGCAGCGAUUCCUUCGGAACUAUGGUGGCGUGGCUGUGGAAGGUGCUGAUGGGCGUCGGCCUCUUCGCCCUCACCCACGCGGCCUUCUCCGCUGCUCAGCAUCGCUCUCAUGUGCGACUGACAGAAAAGAAGUAUGAGCCGCUGCCGGCGGAUAUAGUUCUCCAGACACUUUUGGCCUUUGCGCUUACCUGUUACGGCGUGGUUCAUACUGCAGGAGACUUUAGAGACAGGGAUGCCACUUCGGAACUAAAGGAUAUGACAUUUGACACCUUAAGGAAUCGACCGUCUUUUUACGUGUUUCACCGUUCUGGCUACGGACUGCGUCCGGAUUCAACCCAUUCUUCAAACCUCAGCGCGUCAUCUUCUGACUUACGGUUGAAGUUUUGAAAGCUCAAAUCACCGCACCAGCUUUUUAACUCGUUAAGUAACAGACGCAGAAUUAAGUACCGGGGUUUGGGAUGUAAAACACCCCCAACACAUCAGUAUUUUUACUGAUAUUUCAGACUUAAUUAAAAAAAAUCUAUAAAUAAAUAAAAGAUAUUUAUGCCAGGUACCCAGACACAGCUGUAGAACGCUGAUUAACUGUGGAUUUGUUUUUGGGUGAGGUAAACAUUUGAAUCUCGGCCCAGGUAAAGCAGAUACUGCAGGUGGCCCUUACCGCGUCCAUCCAGGGGCUGGAUCGAACAAAAAGGCCUCAGUAAGGAAGACAUGGUUUUGCAUGCUUGAACUGAGACAUCGGUCUUUCUUUGUCUCUGUCCCCUACACCCAGGCAUGAACUCUUCUUGCAUUCUGAGCCUCUGAGACUGAACUUGCAUGUGGGCUCUCCUGAGUCUGCGCACUGACUACAGUCUUGAAGGAAAUGGAAGGUUUUUCACAAUGUCUGAUUUGAUUCUUCAUUCCGACUCUCACCACAGGUUCCUCCCGGGCUCUCAGACUGAUGAUCUGGAGGCCGCUGUGAGCUAUAAGCUCGGAGAUGGCGAUGAUUUUCCAUGCUGGGUGAAGAGGCCUAACUGAAGUAGAGAAAGGCCAGCAUUCCCAGAAUAGUGCACAUAAGAGGUGGAAGAGCCUUGCCCCUGCCAAGCUAGCCACCCCUGUCGCCAGUUCCACGUGCUGCUUGCUGUGGGCUGAUUGUAUGCCCACUUCUCUUUUUGCUGCGGUUCCAUACGAGAUUCUGCCAUUUGCAAAUGUAUUAAGGUUUGUCAGAGGACUGGAAUCAAGGAGGGGAAUAUGUUUAUAUAAAACUGUCCCCUGGUGUCUGCAGGGGAUUGACUCUGUCGCCACGUACAGGAACCAAAAUCCUUGGAUGCUCAGGUAGGUUUUAGAAAAUGGCAUUGUAUUUCCACAGAACCUCUGCCCACCCACCCAUAUACUUCCAGUCAUCUCCAGAUUGCGUGUAACACCUAAUCCCAUGUGAAUUCUGUGUAAACAGUUGCUGUACUGCUUUGUUUAGGGAAUAAUGAUAAGAAGAUGCUUGCAUGUGCUCAGUCCAGAUGGAAUUUCCCCCAAAUAAAUUUGGUUAGCAGUUG